CUUGGACACCCCCCUCUUGGCCGCUCCCGGCCAGAGCGCCGGAUCUUGCAGGAUCCUGCAGAGUCAGGGGCGCACUGAUGCGGGUUAGCGCACAGGAUCCCGCAGGAUCCUGCAUGAUCUGGCAGGAUGCUGCAAAGCCUGGCUGACCCGGGCCUGGAUUGACCGGGGUCAGAUAUCCCCGAGGCUUCCCAUUGAAGAAGAACAAAUGGCAUACUUAUAAACUUUUGACGGUUCUCGCGAAUUUCUUGGAUCUGCGCUGGGUUUCCAAGCGUCGCCUCCAUCGCCGCCCCUGGCGCGCUCCUCACUCCAGGCAGGGGUGUCUGGCGCAGGUCCAAGAAUUCUGCACGGACAGUCGACAGUUUCUUCUAUCCCAGGUGGGGUCGUUUUGUAGCAAAUCAUUUGAGUUUCGUAUACCCUCGCAAUUCCGUCUUUGGAUUGCAUUCGCCUCGAUUAGCGCCUGGUAGUCGAUGAGAUGGCGCCGAUUUAGCGCCGAUUUAUCGCCGACGAGCGCGUCGACUCGCAAUCGCCAGCAAGAUGGUAUGGGAGGCUCCCACGAGUCUCCACCAGGUGGUCGGAGCAGAUGGAGUCGGAGGAUCGCGCCGCACCGCCGAUGCGUCGGCGGUGCGGCUCGAUGUGGAGCCGGAUCUUCUCCGCGCCGACGCCGCCGACGCACCGCCGACGUCGCCGAUGCACCGCCGAUGCCUUGCCGAUGCGGCGCGACCCUCCGGCGCGACCUGCUCGGAGCUGAUGCGGGAGAGCCCUGGAGGUCGACCCUGGCGCUCGCGGCGCGGAACGACACCAUGCGAGGAAGGACAACGGCAUGCUUGUACACGCCGGUCGCUGAAAGCAUGUGUUUUUGGAUUUUUCCAGAUCCCAAUCUACUUCCAGCGCCUUCCUGCUUCAGAUCUCGGUAUGCUUUUGCUCCGUUCUGUGAGGGCCUGAGCCCAAUUCUGCUUCAUUCGCCUUCUACUUCAUGUUUGUACCUGCUUCUUCCGACCGGCGUGUAAACUCGAUGAGUUCCGUGCGGAUGUUUUGGAUUUUGGAUCGGCGCUGGAGCCCCCUCCCUGGCGCGCAGGCCGCGCCAGGGGCGGCGCUGGAGGUGCCGCUAGGGGGACACAGCGCCGAUUCCAGCUGCUCACGCAUCAUGCAGUCUUUCCCUCCUCGAGCCAUAGUGGGCUACGCGCGCGAGCUGGCCUCCUUUGCGAAGCUGAGGGACCUUCCCGGCACGGACCUGAGGCGCUUUGCGUCGGUGGACGCGCUCGGGCACCUCUUCUGCUCCGACCUCUGCUGGAUCGGGGCCAGUGCGGGGGGCCUGGUAGAGAUUGCCAGCGCGCACGGGAUCAGGGCGGCAAGCUGGUUCCAGUCGUUGGGGCAGGACGGGUGUGCGUUCUUGAACAGAGAGGUCGGAUCCCGCUAUCUUGAGCCUUCAUGCGGCUGGCGGUUUGUGAACUUCGCCAGCGCGGCAGCUCUGGAGGAGACGCUGAGGUGCGAUACGCGGAUGGCAGCGCCGCUGAGCAGAAUCAAGACGGUGAUGCCCAUCCCGCCAGAGUGUCCGCGCGACAUGGUUUUCGAUUACGAGGAGAGCGUGCCCCAGUUUGUCAUCUGAUAGCUCACAGAGGAACUGAGGAGCUCCGAUCCGGUCGAGUUGCCUGAGCAGCUCACAAACAGAAUCACCCUUUCGCCGUCAUGGGGUCGGGACUCUUCUUGGUCCUCCACCACUGCCCCUCUCCUCCACCCUCCCUCUCCCCCUCGUCGUGGACCUCCUUCCGCCUCCGUCUGCCCCUCGCCCCC